AUGACACCGAGGAUGAUGUUGUCCAGCUCUGUCUGCACCCGUAGCUGUGACCUGGCCCAGAACCAUGGCCUGCCAAAGCAGGAGGCCUGCACUGUUCUGGACCAAUGGGGAGAGUCUCCCUUCUUUUCCAGCCUGAAGGACAAGAAAUGUUUUCAGGUUCCCCCAGAAGCAGCUGGAUGGCAGCCAGUUCCAAAAGCUCAGGCCACCUCUUUGUCCCUGAGACGAUCCAGCAGACCUUCAGCCUCCUCAGCACUAACAGCUGCAGGUCCUCACUGGACUGGAUCAGCAGGUGGAAGAUCUGGAGACCAGUUUGUGCGGGAGAUGGGGGAGGAAAAGAGCCUCCUGGGCAGUGAGGGCUCCAGCCUGGCUGUGAAGAGAUAUUUCCCAAGAACCAGUCUCCAUCUGAGGAAGAAAGAAUACAGCUGCGGUGCCCAGACGUUGUCAGACUGGAAGUUAAGAAGCGAAAGUCAGUCAGUGCUCCCUCUGUGUCCUCAAGUCUCAGAAAACCCGGGUAGUUGGAAAGGAGACUUAGACCCAGUCUUCCACAGUUGA